AUGGAGACACAUAUUCGACUUGCAGCAACAAUGCUGUUCCUGUUGGUAGCAGAAACUAUAUAUGCAGAAUCUGAGUUUCGAUGUUCUUUCAUGACAGAGAUACCUAGACCAGAUAGACCUUACCUGCCUGAUGAAGAUUUUACUGGUAUACCAUGGAGCGAACGACCAAUAUUGCCAGCUCGACCUGAACGCGAAGAUGUAUGCGCUGAAAACUACCCAGACCCACUAUCAUUACACUCACUACAGAUAAUAUACAUGGACGAGGAAAUUGAAGAGGAUGUUGUUAUAGCCAGACUCAAUUACUUCGGAAGUACUCAACCAGAAUUCGAAGUACCAUUCAUGCUUGGAUCUUUUAAUUUGCUUCAACCCGUAUUUAGACGAGGAGAUAACAAUGAAUGGUUAAUUGUUAUUACGCAAAGACAGGAUUAUGAAAGUCCUGGGAUGCAGAGCUACAUGUUCAACAUUAGAGUACCAGAGGAGACCCCGCUCAAUGCCCAAGUCCUACUGCAAAUAGUGAAUAUAGAUGACAAUGAUCCAAUGAUAAGUUUGUUGGGCGCUUGCCAAGUAGAGGAAUUGGGAGACCCUGACCGUCUAACUGAUUGUACAUACGAGGUGUGGGAUGCAGAUGGAUAUAUCAGUACAAGUGCCAUGCAGUUCAGAAUCGACAGCAACCGGGACGAUGACGAAAUAUUUCGCAUCGAAUCAGUUAUACGACAAAAUGUAUUCUAUAUGGACAUGACCCUUGGACUUCAGAGAUCGCUCGAUUUCCUGCAGAACGCUUUGCAUAUCUUCAGCAUUACAGCUUCGGACUCGCGCCCCAACAAUCAUACGGUGACAAUAAUGGUACAAGUGAUUAAUGUGGAACACCGGGUCCCGAGAUGGACGGAGAUCUUCACGGUGCAGCAGUUCGACGAGAAGAGCCAUCAGAACUUUACUGUGCAAGCGGUCGACGGAGAUCCUGGCAUUGAUAAACCUAUUUGCUACGCGUUGAGAACUCAGCCCGGCGAAGAUGAGUACUUUGAAAUUAAAACUAUUGAAGGCGGCGAGGACGGCGGCAUUUUGUUUGUACAUCCCAUCGACAGAGAUGAACUACAGAGAGAGAUUUUUAAUUUGACAAUAAUAGCAUAUAAAUGUGACAAUGAGUCUUUAGCUACAGAGCAAGCGGUUACGAUAAUAAUAAAUGAUAUAAAUGAUCAACGGCCUGAACCGACGCCAAAGGUAUAUCGUAUUGAAAUACCGGAAGAGACGCCAUUAACGCUGGCAUUUGAUGAACCAAUAACAUUUCAUGACAGGGAUUUGGGUGAUAAUGCACGGUACAGCGUAGAAUUAGUAGACGGUUGGCCAUCAAGGGCUGCAUCAGCUUUUUACAUAGCUCCCCAAGAAGGUUAUCAGCUCCAGACGUUUAUAAUGGGCACCGUGAACCACAGCAUGUUGGACUAUGAAGAAGAUGAUUUUCAAAAUAUAGUGUUGUAUGUGAUAGCAACAGAUUUGGGCAACGGCGAAACAGGCAAUGCUACUGUAUAUAUUGAUUUGAUCAAUUGGAACGAUGAACUGCCUAUAUUUAAUGAAACCAUUGAAGAAGUUACUUUUGACGAGACGGAAGGAGAAGGUUUCUACGUGGGCACUGUGAGGGCUUUUGACAGAGACAUCGAUGACCGGGUCGUUCAUAGUCUAAUGGGAAAUGCAGUAAACUUUUUAAAAAUAGAUGAAUUUACUGGGGAAAUUCACGUCUCAGUCAACGACUCCUUUAAUUACCACACGCAGAACGAGCUGUUUAUUCAAGUACGUGCAGAUGAUACUCUUGGUGAACCAUACAAUAUGGCUACUUCGCAGUUUGUAAUACAGCUAAUAGACAUCAACAACACCCCACCCACUCUACGCCUGCCUCGUUUUAGCCCACAAGUAGAAGAAAAUGUGCCAGAAUGCUACGAAAUCACCCGUGAACUCCACGCUUCGGAUCCUGAUACAACUGCUGAGGUCGUUUUUGAAAUAGACUGGGAUACCUCUUAUGCCACCAAACAGGGAAGGACAACCGAUCCUAUUCACUAUCUUAAUUGUAUAUACAUUGAAACAAUAUAUCCUGACCCAGAUGACCUCCGCAAUGCAAUCGGACUCGUGCUUGUGAAGGAAAUACGUGAUAAUGUCACUAUCGACUAUGAAGAAUUUGAUAUGUUGUAUCUAACUGUCAGAGCUAGAGAUUUAAAUACCGUACUUGGAGAUCCGUAUGAUGAAUCAACUUUCAGCAUAAUAAUAAUUGAUAUGAAUGACAACCCGCCGCUAUGGGUAAACGGGACCCUAGAUCAGGUGUUCAGAGUGACAGAAAUGGCCGCCAGCGGUACUGUUAUUGGCUCUGUGCUAGCCACAGAUAUAGAUGGACCAUUGUAUAACCAAGUCCGCUAUACUAUUCGUCCUCGAGGCGACACCCCUGAGGAUUUGGUGAAGAUUCACUUUUACACAGGACAAAUCGAGGUGGACGCAAAUGAAGAGAUCGACGCUGAUAUCCCGCCUCGGUUUGAGCUCCACUACACAGUUACUGCCAGUGAUGGAUGCUAUGCGGAGGACGAAGCCGAUUGUCCCUCUGAUAAGACCGAAUGGAAUACAGAUGGAGACAUCACGAUUCAAAUCACGGACACAAACAACAAGUGGCCGUACGCUGAAGAAGAGAAGUUUAACACAACGUUUUACGUAUACGAAAACGAGACAACCGGCUAUGAAAUCGGCAAGAUAGUCUCUAACGACCUUGACAGAGAUGAGAUAUAUCACACUGUGGCCUAUCAAAUCAACUACCAAGUUAACCCUCGGCUGCGUGAUUUCUUCGCUGUCAACCUGGAAACAGGGAUGGUGUACGUAGAACUUGCCCAGGGUCAUGUCCUCGACAGAGAUGGCGAUGAGCCCACACACAACAUAUUCCUAACGCUCACCGAUAACUUCUAUUCCGGCGGAGAUGGUAGGAGGAAUUCGAAUGACACCGAAAUAUUGAUAAUCCUUAAAGACAUCAAUGAUAAUGCACCAGAAUUGCCGGACGAUCUUUACUGGAGUGUUUCAGAGGAUCUUAAAGAGGGCGAAGAACUCGAGAAAAUCAUUACAGCUCCAGAUAAAGAUGAGCCGGAUACAGAUAACUCCCGUGUUAGAUAUUAUAUCCAUAACAUGACAGUCACCAAUCGACCAGGCUUUGAACACCCAACAUCACUCUUCGACAUGAAACAAUUAUACAACGUGAGCGGACAACUCGUUACAGCUAUGGAUUUAAAAGGCUAUUGGGGAACAUAUGAUGCAUUUAUAGAGGCGUGCGACCACGGUGACCCUGAGUUAUGCGACGAUGCUAUAUACCCCAUAGAGAUCCGCCCGUACAACUAUCACGAACCAGUGUUCGUGUUUCCGUUGCAUGGCACCACAGUUCGUCUGGCGAGAGAGUUGGCCACUACCAACGGUCCUUUGAUGUUGGUGAACAGUGUCUUUCUGGACUCCGUGUCGGCAACAGACGAGGACGGGCUCCACGCCGGAAUGGUUACCUUCGAUGUGGUUGGCAAUGCUGAAGCCAAUGAGUUCUUCGAAGUUACGAACGACGGCGAAAACCAAGGCACUCUGAGGCUUAAAGAGCUCUUUGCUGAGGAAAUUAGAGAGUUCACGGUGACAAUUAGUGCUACCGAUGGAGGCACCGAGCCGGGCCCACUGUCCUCCAACUCCACUCUCAACUUAAUCUUCGUGCCCAUAUAUGGAGAACCAAUAUUCGUUACCAAUACUGCCAGCGUUGCUUUCUUCGAAAAGGAACAAGGGUUGCUUGAGAGGUUCCAAUUGCCGCUCGCCGAAGAUUCCAAAAACUACAAAUGCGAUAAUGACUGCUACGAUAUAUUCUAUACGAUUACAGAUGGCAAUAACGAAGGUUUCUUCGGUGUCGACCCGGUUGAGAACAGUAUAUACUUAGAAAGGGAACUGGAUCGAAACGAGAGCACAACACACAUCCUGGUGAUAGUAGCCAGCAACUCUAUAACGCCAGGCCCUACCCUCGGCAGCUCUAUGCUUACAGUCACUGUUACCGUAAGAGAAGCAGACCCUCGUCCAAAUUUCGUAAGGGAAGUUUAUUCAGCUGGAAUAUCUGUACUAGACACAAUCAACAAGGAAAUACUUACUGUGGAGGCGACCCACACGGAACCUGACGCAGUGGUUACGUACGCUAUAGACUAUGAGUCUAUGGUUGUAGAUCCCACUUUGGAGAACGUGCGUGAUAGAGCGUUUACUCUAGAUCCCAACAGUGGGGUCCUUACACUCAUCAUGCAACCAACGGCUGCUAUGCACGGCAUGUUCGAGUUCAAUAUCAUCGCUACAGACGAUGGUGGCGGACAGGAUAAAGCUCGGGUGAACAUAUACUUGAUAACGUCACUGAACCGCAUAUUUUUCAUAUUCUGGAACACUUUGGAAACAACUGAAACUCACAGGGACUUUAUCGCGCAGACAUUCUCCGCCGGGUUUGAGAUGACCUGCAAUAUCGACCAGAUAGUGCCCGCGAGCGCCACCAGUGGCGUCGCUCAGGAUGACAUCACGGAGGUGCGCGUACACUUCAUACGUGACUACCAACCUGUGCCGGCGGCCGAGAUUGAGGAACUACGCAGUGACACGAUGCUGCUGCGGUCUAUCCAGACGACUCUCAGCACCGAGUUGCUGGUACUGCAGGACUUUGUGACUGAAGACAGCCCUAGGCCCGGCACUGAUAGCAACCUGACCAUCAUAUAUGUGCUGGCCGCGUUGUCCGGACUCCUCGUAUUCAUGUUCGUGGUGCUGCUUCUCACAUACAUAAUUAGGACGAAAGCUUUGAACCGUCGACUACAUGCGUUGUCCAUGACGAAGUAUGGUUCCUUGGAUUCGGGGCUUAACCGGGCCGCCAUGGCGCCCGGCACCAACAAACACGCAGUCGAGGGCUCCAACCCCAUCUGGAACGAGACCAUUAAAGCACCACACUUUGAUUCCCUGAGCGAUGCGUCGGAUUCAUCAGAUCUGAUCGGCAUUGAAGAUAUGAUGGAGUUUAACUACGAACCCCCGCCAACCGCGGCAUCACCUGUCGAGCCUGUGGAACCGUCAAGAGAUACCGUGGCCAACCACAGUAAUAACUUCGGGUUUAAUACUAGCCCAUUCAGCACGCAAUUCACUGACAACUUUGGACAAUAAGUAUAGAGAAUAACUACCUGUACAAUUUCGAAUUCACUCACAACUUACACAGUGAGUUUGGAUUUAUCAACAAUCUGUACAGCGACGAGUUUGUUACAACUAUGGACUGUAAGUCCGGAUGUCAUGCCAGCUUGUACAGCAGCGAUUUCGCUUACAACUUCGGAUAUAUCAUCCUGUUCAACUCCGAGUUCACUGACAACAGUAGAUUUGUAACGUACUGUCAGUCAAUGGGACUUACUCACUGACUGACAUUACGUUACAAGACAUUCUCGGAUUCAGCAUUAUAGGAACUAAUUGUAGACACUACUCAUAUUUUAUAUUA